AUGAACAUCUUUACUAAGGUCCCAGGAUUAGCCCAACAAACCAGCAAGCUGGGGUCUGUGCUCCAACGUGCCUUCUACGGGUCCAGUGGGAGGGUGACCCUUUUCGAGCAGCGGAACUUCGCCGGCAGGCGUCUGGACCUGAGUUCUGACUGCGUCAGGCUCAGUGACAAGAACUUCCCAGAGAGAUGUAACUCUGUGCAGGUGGAGAGCGGAGCAUGGGUGGGUUAUGAGCACGAGAACUUCCGGGGCCGUCAGUACCUGUGGGACAUGUCCGAGCGUGGGGAGUACAACUGCUACGACAAGUGGUGCGCCCAGGUGGACCACGUGUCCUCCGUCCGCGCUGUUAAACAGGACAACAACCCUGCCAGAGCUCAGCUGUUCGAGCGAGCCGGCUUCUCCGGUAAGAAGAUGGAGAUCCAGGACGACAUCCCCAACCUGAUGAGCCGCUACAGCCUCAACAGAGUCGCCUCCAUCCGCGUGCUCGGAGGAGCGUGGGCCGUGUACCAGGAGCCGAACUACAGAGGGCCUCAUUACAUCCUGGAGAAACGUGACUACAACAACUUCUCUGACUGGGGCAGCCAGAACAGCACUGUGGGCUCUAUGCGCAGAGUCCGCUUCAACUGA